UCUGCUCCUGUCAUAUUGAUGUAGGUACUAUGUAUAGGUAUGUAUAACGAAGGGUGCGAGGGCACGUGCCGCCCUCGGCCUUGACGACAAGCUCCUCGAACUAUGUAUAUUUAUAUAGACACGAAGUACACCUGUAUGCGAGGUCCUUCGUCCUAUAGCCGCGCAGAAUAUUCCACACGCCCCGUCGUGCCCCUCGCGUACAGCGCAUGUGCACCACUUUGACAGCCCGACCGUGCCAACACGUCCCAAUUAUUUCCCUCAGUUCGCUUUAUUGUCGCAUUAUAUCGAAGGAAUAUAUUCGUCGAAUGUUUGAGAGGAGCGUGACUGGCAGUGCGAGCGAGGGCGCGGGAGCUGGGCGCGCAGCGAUGCGGCCCGCGGGCUCGCAGUGAGCCAGGAUGGUGGCCAACAUCGGCGUCAUCAACCCGACUAAUGUGGAGGCGACUGCGUACAUAAGCGCGGUCGCGGCGUUCGCCGUGGUGGUGCUGGUGGUGCUGCUGUUCCUGGGCCGGCGCUGGUGCUACGCCGCGGUCUUCAGCCGCAAGUGCUGCGAUGACAUCCUCGCCGUGAACCCGCGCCAGGCCGCCCCCUGCCUGCCCCUCGACAAUGCUCAGUUUGAUGCUUUGUCGAAACCGAACCAUUACCCCGAACGAAUAUUCACGUUCGAGGCGUCCGACUCGGAUGAAGAGCUGCGUUUGCGCAUCCAACAGGAUAAGGAGGAGGUGGAAUGCCACUACGAAGAAAAGAACGAGAACGCGGCAGCCGCGAAGCUCGACGUGGAACUGGUAGAGACCAAGCUGAGGGAAACCAGUCUUCGGGAGACCACGCUCCGAGAGACCAGGAUCGAUGAAGUGGUGCCGAAGAGGACCGAGUAUAUUCAUACGUUGGAGGCUCAGAGCAGUGUUGAUAGCGAUGUUAUUGCUCAUAAUGACACGUCCCUCCUCUGUGGCGAGAGCAGCAGUUCCCAAGAGCGCGGCUCGCUAGAGCUGACGUUGCUGUACGAUGCUCCGGUGCGCAGCAUGACGGUGCACAUACUGCAGGCCAGGUCACUGCCGCAGAGGAGUCAAGGACAGAUACUGCAGAGCCAGGUUCGCGUAGUGCUUUUGCCGUUGAAAAAGCAAAAAUACAAGUCGAAAAUACGAAAUGGCGAAAAUCCACAAUAUAUGGAGAGCUUCGUGUUUCAUAAAAUUAAUCCAGAGGAUGUCCACGGCCUCGGUCUUCGCAUCCGCAUCUAUGGGUGCGAGCGCAUGCGUCGUCAGCGUCUACUGGGCGAGGCAGCCGUCAGCUUCGCGACCCUCAACCUGGAGCUGGAGAACAGCUUGUGGAUGCAGCUGAUGCCCAGGCAACAUCAUCAGCCUAGCUUGCAGGUUAAUAAGCUCCCAAAACUCGAGCUGAACCACUCCAUGACCGGAGUCCUGGCCAGCCCGUCUUCCAUAGCGACGGUGACCACGCCGGGGGCAGGCGGGCCCGGGGGCGAAGCCUGUAGCCUGGCCCGGUCAGACUCCGCGUCUUCGUGUUGCAGUGCUAGGUCAGCACCAGAACUGCUGUUGGGCUUGCAGUAUAAUUCUACUACAGGACAUCUUUCUGUGGAGGUAAUAAAAGGCACCCACUUCCGCAAGCUGUCCCCCAACAAGGCUCCGGACACGUACGUGAAGCUGUGCCUCAUCAGCUCGCUCGGCAUGGAGAUGGGACGCUGCAAGUCCACCACGCGCCGCGCGCAGUCCAACCCGCUGUACAAGGAGCUGUUUAUAUUCCAGGUAGCUCUAUUCCAACUGACGGAGGUGACUCUGAUGGUGUCGGUAUGGUGGCGGCGCAGCGUGAAGCGCAACGAGAUGGUGGGCUGGUUCUCGCUGGGGCACAGCCCCUCCGGACGCGAGGAGGAGCGGCACUGGCAGGAGCUGUGCGAACGACAGGGGGAACAGGUUCAGCGCUGGCACGUGCUGCUGGACUCCUGACGCUCGGUGACGUAGCGCGUGGCGGCCGCCCACGCCUGAGCUCUGCCUGACCGGGGACCCCCCCCACCCCGCGCCGCCGCCCCCACCCCCCCGUGCCCGGUGCGUGUUCGCUUUCGUUGUUAGCACGAGGACAGCUUGCGUCGGCGGCGCCGGACCGCUCACCACAUGAGUGGUACCAGCGAGUAUUCAAUCUCAAGUAAUUUCUCAAAUAUAUUAAAAGCUUAUAUUAUUAUAUUACGCAUAUUAAGUAUAUUGAACGGGAAUUGUAAUGUCGAAUACGGUAUAUUGUUUCACGGGAACCUGUUUCUGCAAAUACUUGUUUUCGAAAACGUUUUAGAAAUUAAUUUUCUUCUGUAUUUGAAAGUUUGAAGGUUACCGUUUUGUAGUAUUUAUAAUGAUGAUGAAGACUUGGAGCGCACAAUACUUGUGAGAUAGAAUAAUGAUACUAGAAAGGAUAUUUAUUGAAUAUUCAUAUAUUAUAUACCUUAAUGUACAGACGUUUACUCUAGUAUAUCUUGAAUAUACUCUUCAUAAAAAUGUUACUGUAAGGAUGCAAACAAUUUUGUAACUGGUUCGAAUACAUAUUCAUUCAUAGAUCGGAUUCAUAAUGUGUCAUGUAGGUAUGUAUUACCAGGAACGAGUUUAUUACCAGGCACACGGUGAAUACCUCCUUGUAAUUUUAUACACAAAGAACGAACUGAAAGAACAUUGAUUCGUUCGUGAUCUGGUAUGGAGUGAUACACCGUAAGUUUAUAAAAUAGUUCGCAGUACAUUAAUCACAAUCCAUAUAAUUCCAAUCACUCAUUAAUACACUCAAAAUAUAUGAAAAGUUUACGUAUAAAAUAGCUUUUGCAUUUUUCAAGAGAAAAAAUACAUUAUUAAAUUAAAUUCGUUUCAGUACUUCUGCAAUAAUACCAAUUAAUAUUUCUAAUAGGAGGAUACUUUUAAAUAAAUGUGGACUUUAAUGUUUUUUCAAAGAUAUUAUGUACGUAGUUACCUUUAUUACGAAUCUAUUUUACUUAUAAUAUUGAAUUAUAAAUUGUUAUAUGUCAUCGCUGAUAUAAUUAAGAUUUUAUAUAUAUUAUGUAAAUCCUAUAAAAUUAUUUGAAAUAGACAAUGUCAAUUUAAGACGAACGCACUAAAUAUUUACAAAAUCUAUACAAGUAUAUAUGAAGACAUUUUUACUUAUAAAAUAAUUAUUUGAAUAGAAAUUAGAAUACGAAUAUACUUAUAUCUCGAAAUUAUACAUUUCAUACAAAAUAAAUAAAUUGCCUGCAUGCCUAACGUUGUAUUAUAAAGUGUAUAAUAAAUAGUUGUAGGCAAAGAGACGAAAUAUUAGCUUAAAUGCGGAACAAGUAGAUAUGAUAUGAAAAUAUAUAAUAACACCAGUGUAGAGAGUCGAGAAUUGUCUAUGAAGGUGAGAUUGAAAAAUCUUUAUUGUAGAAAUACUUUGUCUAUGAUGACUUGGAAAAGAAUGAUUAUUGUUGUAAUAUUAGCGUUUUAUAUAUUAGGGGAACCUAUUUGCCUGCAACUGUAAAUCUAUAAUUUUUCUGAAGUCUGUAUAUUAUAUGAUUAUGAUUUCAGCAGUUUGGGCACAGCUUAAAAAUAUGAUUUAAAUAAAAAAUGUUUUAUAGAA